GCAAUGGUCUGAGCAGCAGCGGUUCAGGGAGUAGCAUUACUUAUGCAGGAACUGGCUCGACACCGCAGAAAUCCGCUAACGGAGCAAAUGAAAACAACACUUUCUUGUGGAUUAAUUCUGGGGCGAGACUUUCAGUCGAAGCAAGCGUACCUUUAAGCCACUUUGGAUCGAUUGACGAGGAUUGGGACGUUGCCUACUGAACGUCGUUACCACCGAAUGGUGUCUCCUGCCCCGCCGCUAAGGUUGCAGGCUAAAAGAUACGGCCCAUAAUGCAUGGCACUUUCUUGACAGCCACAUCCUCUCCCUGCUUGUAGAGGAAGCGGCGGUGCCAGCAUGUCCUCUCAUCCCCAGUCUGUGCCGCCAGGCCGGAGAACUGUGGACUCACGGCACCUCCACAACCCUGCCACGCUAUCCCUGCAGCUGCAGCGGCCUCACACGGAAGUGGGACUGGUUGACUACCACUCCCAUCAUGCCAGGGACUACAGCUCUCAUCUGGCUCAGCCACAUCGCCGCCGGCCUUCCUUACUUUCAGAGUUCCAGCCUGGGAAUGAAAGAGGACAAGAGCAGCACAUCCGUUACGAGCACAUCUACCUGCCAGAGGCCCCCGGCCAAUCAGAGGUGGAUUAUGCAGAGAUCAAACGUCCUCGUUUGGAGAUGGGAUCGGACUCCCUGAUGAGGUCUUUGUCCCACCGGCAGCCGUUACCUCUCGGAGGGGCUGAGGACAUGACGAAGGAGCGUGGAAGUGCCAUCGGGAAGCUGGAGCCCAUCUCGCCGGUGAGCCCAGUCCACAUGGACACUGACUUGGAUCUAGUUCCGGCUCGAUUCUCCAAGGAGGAGUUGAUUCAGAACAUGGAACGUGUGGACAGGGAGAUCACCAUGGUGGAGCAACAGAUCUGCAAGCUUCGCAAAAAGCAGCAACAGCUGGAGGAGGAAGCCGCUAAGCCCCACGAACCCGAGAGGCCCAUCUCGCCGCCACCCAGUGAGGCCAAGCACCGCAGCCUGGUGCAGAUCAUCUACGACGAGAACCGAAAAAAAGCAGAAGAGGCUCAUAGGAUACUGGAGGGGCUGGGACCCAGAGUGGAACUGCCUUUGUACAAUCAACCAUCUGAUACCAAACAAUACCAUGAGAACAUCAAGAUAAACCACGCCAUGAGGAAGAAGCUCAUCUUGUAUUUCAAAAGGAGAAACCACGCUCGUAAGCAGUGGGAGCAGAAGUUCUGCCAGCGGUAUGACCAGCUAAUGGAGGCCUGGGAGAAGAAAGUGGAGCGCAUUGAAAACAACCCGCGGCGCAGGGCCAAGGAGAGCAAGGUGCGGGAGUACUACGAAAAGCAGUUCCCAGAGAUCCGCAAGCAGAGAGAGAUGCAGGAACGAAUGCAGAGCCGUGUUGGGCAGCGAGGAGGUCUCCUCACCUCAGCCGCAGCCCGCAGUGAACAUGAAGUCUCCGAAAUCAUUGAUGGAAUAUCAGAGCAUGAGAACACGGAGAAGCAAAUGCGGCAGCUGGCCGUCAUCCCCCCUAUGCUGUUCGACGCCGAGCAGCAACGCAUCAAGUUCAUCAACAUGAACGGACUGAUGGACGACCCCAUGAAGGUUUACAAGGACCGGCAGGUCAUGAACAUGUGGAGCGAGCAGGAGAGGGACACUUUCCGAGAGAAGUUCAUCCAGCAUCCUAAAAACUUUGGCCUGAUUGCUUCUUUUCUAGAGAGAAAGACGGUGGCAGAGUGUGUGCUCUUUUACUACCUGACCAAAAAGAAUGAAAACUACAAGAAUAUAGUGCGGAGGAACCGACGCCGAGGGAGAUCUCUGCACGGCCAGCAGCAGCAGCACCAACAACAGCACCAACAACAGCAGCAGCAGCAGCAGCAACAACAACAGCAGCAGCAGCAGCAACAUCAGCAACAACAGCAACAACAGCAGCAACAAGUGAACCGGAACAGUCAGGACGACAAGGAGAAGGAGGAAAAAGAGAAGGAGGGGGAGAGAGACGAAGAGAAAAAUGAAGCUGAAGACAAGGAGGAUGGAAUGAAGGAUGACACUUCUGGAGAAGAUGCCGAAGACAAGGAGCCCACUGUGGCUUUCAAGGGAAGACGAACAGCGAACAGCCAGGGCCGCCGCAAAGGCCGUGAUACCCGCUCCAUGAACAGCGAAGGAGAGGAGACCACCACUCCGCCGCUCAGCAACGAGCUAGCCAAUCUGGAAAUGAAUGAGAGCUCUCGCUGGACUGAAGAAGAGAUGGAAACAGCCAAAAAAGGCCUUCUCCAGUAUGGUAGGAAUUGGUCCGCCAUCUCCAAGAUGGUGGGAUCGAAAACCGUGUCGCAGUGCAAAAACUUCUACUUCAAUUACAAGAAGAGGCAGAAACUGGAUGAGAUUCUGCAGCAGCAUAAAAUGAAAUCGGAGAAGGAGCGAAAGGCCCGUCGGAGGGGGAAAGCCUCGCAGAACGAAGAGGCGAGUGCUACGUAUCCUGCAGAGGAGGAGGAGAUCGAGGGUUCAGGAGCUAGCUGCAACGAAGAGGAAGCGCCUGAAGAUGGAGAAGGUGGAGCAAACAACAGCUCGGACACAGAGAGCCUGCCUUCGCCGCAUUCCUCAGAGGACAGCAAGGCUAAAGAGGAAGGGACCAGCAGGCUGAGGGGCAAUUCCAACACCGAGGACAGGAAGAAUGACCAGGCAGGCGACGAGAAGCCUCCUGUCAAGGAGGAGGCUGAGUCAACCAUCAAGCAGGAGAUAAAGACUGAAACAGGGGAUCCCAACAAGGAACAGCCACAGCCCGUACCGCCCAACGAUGCCACGGAUAAAAAACCUCCAAGAGUCGAGAAGGAGGAAGUCAAAACCUCCAAGAGCGCCAAGAAGGAGCACCUGACCAAAGCAGGUCUGCAUGGGGACAGUGACUCUAGUGCCACUUGUAGCGCUGAUGAGGUGGAGGAGACGGAUAAUACAGAUAAGAAAAGGAUGACGUCUCCACGCCCUAGCCUGCUGAACUUCUCCCACGACGGGGUCAUAUCAUCUCUGCAGAAGCCCAUGGACCUGAAGCAGCUCAAACAGAGGGCUGCAGCUAUACCACCUAUUAUGCCAGAGGCCUCUGUGCAGGGCACUCCGCGGAGUGGGAAAGCAGUGCAGCCCCCCCACGCCUUGGCUCUGUACCAGGAGCAGAUCACCAUGGCUCACGGAGAGUCCUCUCAGGAAGUCAAACAGCAGCAGCCUUCUGGCCAAGCAGGCAAACCACAGCCUUAUGCCCCUCAGGCAGACAGAGAGCGAGAGGGUCUUCUGACCAGCAGCCCCCGAGUUCGCCCUCGAAGCCCCUCCACCAGCGAAAAAGACGAAAAGUCCAGAGCCUUCUCUCCACACGGCGACGCCAAGAAGCAGGCGCUGGGUCCGGACGACCUCAGGACCUCGAACCUGGGUCGCCCUGUUCUCUCGCCGUAUCCCAUGGCCCCGCGGGACAUGGCCAAGAUCAGUCACGACCAACACCUGCUCCACUUCAACCCGUUCCCACAGGUAGGCCUCCCCUCGCUCGCUGGUCUGCCACAGGAUAGUGUGCGGUUAGCGGCGGUGAGACCCCUCUCCAUGCCCGACCCGCCACCGCUCAUUUCCUCUAACAAGCCUGGAGGCUCCAUCACGCAGGGUACGCCGGUGCAGUUGCAUGGAGCGGCCCAUGGGCUGGAUCACUCAAAGAUGCCUCCCGCACCAAUGGGGUUGUCUUGGAUGGAGAAGAAAGUUGCAGGUCCUUUCCCAGUGGUGAAGCAGGAGCAGUUGUCUCCUCACAGCUCCUCCCAGCCUGAUAACUUAUCAAACCCAGGGCCGCCACAUGAUAACUCCUCUGCUCGUGGCGUCCAAGGAGGCAGCAUCACCAAAGGUCUUCCUGGGACCAGAAUACACCCGGAGUCUGCGGUUUCCUACCGAGGCGGCUCCAUCACACAGGGGACACCAGCAGAUGUGCUGUAUAGAGAAACCAUAUCACGUCUGAUCUCGGAGGACAGUUCCAGCCGAGCUGACAGGGAACGGGACGAGGCGCCAUCUAAAGGACAGAUCCUGUACGAGGGCAUCAGCGGGCAGAUCCUCUCAUAUGACCGGCCGCAGUCUCAGACUCUCAAAGAAGACGGUCGAGGUUCAGGUCUGUCUGGAGAAAUCCUGGGUCUGAAGCGAACUUAUGAUGUCAUGGAAGGAGGCAGAGGGCUGCCAAUGAGAGACGCUCUGUCUGCUACCAAUUGUGAAGGUCUCAUCGGUCGUGCCAUGCCUUUCGACAGAGACAGCCCUCACCACGCUUCUUACAAGGAUGCUCAUCAUAUCCGAGGCUCCAUCUCUCAAGGUAUACCCCGCCAUCUCGACGCACAAGAUGCCUACAUGAGGAGGGAAGCCAAGCAGAUAAGGCGAGAGGCGUCCCCGCCCCGUGGCGCCGGGUCCCUUUCUGACCCGAUGAAGGGCAGAGAGGGCAUCGUGCCCACGGUGAAGGAGCCUGGACGCUCCAUCCACCUCAUUCCAAGAGACGAGGGCAGACAAUCAUCCAAGGAGGGCAUCAUAUCACAGGGUGCAGCUGGAAAGCCGGACGCUGCUGGCUCUGGGAAACGCCACGAUGUCCGCUCCAUCAUCGCCAGCUCGCCGCGCUCCUACCACGGCGCAGCCUCCCACCUGGAGAUGCGUCCUGACAGAAGUCGGUAUGAGGAUGGGCCCAAGGGUCGGCCCAGUGCAGUGGUCAGCACGGCCAGCCCCAUACCGCGCUCUUCUCCGCUCACCCUGGGCUCUGAGCAGGGAGGCAAAGCCCACCACAGCCCCAUGGGGUACGAGGAAAAAGGUGCUAUACGGACCCCCUACCCUGGACCGUCACAUCGUGGAUCCCCACUGCCCAGGGAAGCCAGUCAGAGGCAACAUGAAGGGUCUGGAAAGAAUUCUUCCCAGGAGCGUAAAGCCACACCGACUCCCAGAGAGAUGAGGGCCACCAAGUCGCCGCUCACUGGCGUUGCAGAUCAGCAGGCCUACGAACGGCUGCUGCCCGGCCUGGGAGCUUCAGAGAUGUACCGCAUCCCCUUGUCCUUUGAGCCUGCGGCGCUGCCUCGUGGAAUCGCCAUCGACCCAGGAGCUUACUACUUGCCUCGCUCCCACUUGGCUCCCAACCCGGCGUACCCUCACCCGUACCCCUACCUCAUCCGCAGCUUCCCUGACACGACGGCCCUGGAGAACCGUCAGACCCUGAUAAACGACUACAUCACUUCGCAGCAGAUGCACCAGUGGCCCGCGGCCGCCGCCAUGGCCGCGCAGCGCUCAGACCUGCUCAGAGGCCUCGCUCCUCGAGACCAGACGCUUCCUCUGUCCUACUCUGCUGGUGCCCAACGCGGGAUUAUUGAUCUUUCUCAGGUGCCACACUUACCCGUCCUGGUCCCUCCGUCUGCAGGGACGGCCGGCUCCCCGAUGGAUCGCAUCACCUACAUCCCUGGGACAAACGCCGCAUUCCCUCCCAGGAAUUACACCAGCUCAUCCAUCUCCCCCGGUACGCAUCCAUUUUAUUUCGGCCACUCACACAUGAGCAAAAUGCAGAGCGCGUCGUCGUCGGAGCGGGAAAGAGACCGCGAACGGGACAGGGACCGAGAGCGAGACAGAGAGCGAGAACGGGAAAACCGGGAGAGGGAACGAGAGAGAGAUCGGGAACGGGACCGAGAUCGGGACAGGGAAAGAGACAGAGAGAGAGACAGAGACAGAGGAGGGUCUUUGGGAAAUGUGGAGCACGCCCCCAUCUGGCGACCAGGUACAGAACACAGCCUGUCCAGCAGCAGCAGCGGCGGCGGCAGACCUGCAUCCCAACCCUACAGCCACCAGCAUUCCCCGGUGUCUCCCCGAACCCAGGAGAACGUGCAGCAGAGGCCAAGCGUGCUGCACAACACCGGAGGCAAAAGUCUUUCCGUCAGUGAACACUCGUCGGUGUUACGGACCAUGCCCUCAGCAUCCCGCUACCAAGGUUUCCAUGGCUCCUUCCAAAAAUCAGGUGUGCCGCCUGACGCCUACCAAUCUGCCAUGGACUCAAACGCAGUCAAAGAGCAGAAUCGCGAUGGAGGCAAAUCCAGGGGCGGUCUGCCCAAACACCUGCAGGAGCAGCACGGCACCUCCAGCAAAUCUGACCCCAAGCUUUGCAGUCCCAGCCCAGGAGGAAUUUUCCCCGGCUCCUACCACCCGCCCGCAGGCCGUCUGCUGCCCUCCCAGUCGGACAACCCGUCCGGCCGCGAGGACAGCGGCACACCGAGUAGGGAAAAGACUCAAAACAAACCGAUGUCUGUUCAGGAACAAGACAUCCGAACGCUCGCACCACAAGGACUCUAUCGACCCCCAUCAGAGGAGAGACUGUCUCCAGGCCAACAGCCCCCAUCCCCAUGUGUCAAAGGCAGCCAGAGAGUGGUCACUUUGGCGCAGCACAUCAGCGAGGUGAUAGUUAAAGACUACAGAGACAGCCAGCAGCAGCAGCAGCAGAGCUACCAUGGCUCUCCGGUUCUGGACCUGACCCGUCCAUCCAGUGCCUCCCAGGCCCCGCCCACGUCACAGGAGUCCGCUCAGACGUCCCGUUACUCACAGGGUUUUAGUGGGGAAUGUAACCGAGACAGAUCUCCGCAGCAGAAGUCAUCCCCUGUCAAUGUUUCCAAUGACUGCAUUGAGCCGGUGUCUCCUCCCGCAUCCAGCUCUGAGCCCGAUGUCCAGGGAGGGGCUUCCUACCCCAACGAGAUGGGGGAACAAGGACUCGGCUCCCGCUCUCCACCCAAUACCUCCCAGCCUCCGGCUUUCUUCAGCAAGCUGACGGAGAACACAUCGGCUAUCGUGAAGUCCAAAAAGCAGGAGAUGAUCAAGAAGAGGACGGGUGAUGGAAACGACGCUGAAUUCAAUGCCGGUCAGCCAGGAACGGAAAUCUUUAAUAUGCCAGCCUCCACUACUGCAGGGCCUGUGAGUGUGCGCAGCCACCCAGCUCCAGAAGCAUCUGGCAACUCCAUCGGCCUGGAGGCCAUAAUCAGAAAGGCCUUGAUGGGAAAGUACGAUGACUCAUCGGAGGAGCGCUCCCCGUCCAGCGCUGCUAACCCGGCAGGUUCUGCCAUGUCUGCGGACGGACGGGCUGAAGACUCCUUCUCACAAGGCGGCUCCAAGUCCUCAAAGGGCAGCGGACGUUCUAACGGACGCAAGGCCAAGUCCCCGGGCCCGGGUCUGUCCGGCAGCGAGCGUCCCUCGUCCGUGUCGUCUGUCCACUCGGAGGGAGACUGCAACCGGCGGACGCCCCUCACCAACCGGGUGUGGGAGGACCGGCCUCUGUCUGCAGGUUCAACACCGACCCCAUUUCCAUACAGCCCGCUCAUCAUGCGUUUCCCCAGCGGGACAGUUUCAGCCCAUUCCCCUUCGUCUGGCCAGCAGGGCGGCCCGGGGCCCGGACCUGGCCAGGGCCGCCCCUGGGAGGAGGAGACCAAGCCUCUGCUUGUUUCUCAGUAUGAAACCCUGUCUGACAGCGAGUGACCAGAAAAAACACACUGCUUCACACACACAGAAACACACUCAGAGGACAGGCCUGCGCCUCGUCUCCCCCCCCCUCCACCGUCGUAAAGCGAUCCUCCUCUCUGGACGAUGAGGACGAAUCUUUGUGGCUCUGUGUGUUCGUUCGCACUUACGUGUUAUGCAUUCACUCCAGUACUACUCUGAAGGACAAAUCACUUCUUCUUUUUUUUUUACUACUAUUCCUCACUGGCCUUAUCAACACAGACGCAUCGAGCCGUGCGCUCGGCUUGUGCCGCCGUUCCGUGCUCACGCCUCCACAGACUGCUGUAACGACGCCAUGUUGGACCCGACUCUCACAGCAGGGGACCCUCUUGUUUAGUUCUCGGCGAGCUCUGUGUGCCGGCGGUCCGCUACCACUACAAGAACACAAGCAAAAAGGACACAGGAGGAGAAUCAGCGUUUUGGUUUCUUUUUUUAAAAUUUUUUUCCUCGGUUUUGGUUCUUUUCGUUUCUCUCUCUGGAACUGUCAGUCCAGUCCUGUGUUUUGUGAGCUGCGACUUUUUUAGUACAUUUUUUGGUGGUGUCAUUUGUGGUCUGUUAUCUGCAAAGAUGUAUUGGGGGGGUGUUGGGUUUGAGGCAGGUGGGGUGGGAUCAUAUCAGAGGUUUACAGGGUAAACUAAGUGUUUCAUUGCUGAUGUCAUGAAUCUGUGUGUGUUGGGGGAACUGGGAGGAGCUGCCAGAUGGAUGUCACUGAGGCAAGUGACACUUUCUUGCUGUUUGUUUUUUUUAUAUUAACCAUGUCUGUGUUUGUCGGAACAGUUCUUUGCAUAUAAAGCACUUAGUUGUCGAGGUGAUCACGAUGGCAUUUUUUGUUUUUUCUUUUUUUUAAAGAGGCGGCGCAGAAAUCCCACUGCGGAGGCGUCUCGCCGCUUCUUGCUCCACUCGGAGUAAGAAAAAACAAAAAAACAAAUCACGUCGGAGUGGAGUACAAGUUAAAGCUCUGAAUUUGGAGUUCCCUUGCAUUAAAGAGGUGAUUUAAAAAAAGAAAAACAAAGCCACCUUUCCGUGACUCUCCCCCACGCUGGCCUCAGCUGGCCCGCUGGAGUCCCGUCUCGGAGCUUUUACUGCCUCGUGGGGGUGCGUGGAUACAUCUCCACAUCCGGGCAGAUUUUGUACAGUUAAGAGAUAUUCUUAGUGUUAAGUGCCAUUUAUUUUACAAAUUCUAGUGCUGAAGUUCAUUAAGUGACGCACAAGUUUUCUUUUACCCCCCUCGCCGACGGCUUCGCAAGGGUUCAAAUGGAUUUAAAUCAGACGUCCUGCUAUAAUUUUUAAUGUAUUCGCUUUUUUUUGUCUCCCCACUGCCUUAGCUUUAAUGGUUUUACUCAGUCAUCCUGCACUGCUUACAUGGACCUCCACCCGAAGUUUUUCUUCACUUUUAAACCUGUAAACUAUUUUAAGUGUACUUCAUUGCACCUCCCUUCUCUGUAUGCGUAGGAGGAAGCGGAGGAGAAGGCGGUUCUUCUAAAUUAGUCUCACCUUUUAAAGGCAGUAUUUCUGCGCGAGACGUUCAAGAAGAUUCUCCAGCGUCUUUUUUUUCUCUCUUUUGUUUGUUGUUUUGUUUUUUAUCUCAUCUCAGCGCAGACCCGACUGUUAUAGGAUCGCCUCCUCUUCCUCGCCCGUCCUCUAAGCCGUGCUUUCGCUCCUCCUACUGAGGCCAGUAGAGGCAGAAACAUGUCGUCGCUCCCUCUCUCUCUCUCUCUGUGUGUGUGUGUGUGUUCUCAUCGUUGCCACUGCUGAAACAUUGGAAUGUGACGCUAAAACCAGACGAAGCCAUAUCCAGCUGUUCCCUAAAGCGACGACUAACGUGUUGUUUUUAAAAGUACACUGAAAUGACUUUUUUUAACAUGCAUCCAUUUAUAUUGUUUGUUCUUCUUUUUUUUUUCCAUUGCACACCUGUGGUCGCAGAAAUGAAAUGAAUCAUUGAAAACCUAAAAGGACGAAAUCUGGACUGUCCAAUCGUAGGAGAAAGGGGGCGGGGUGAUGAUUGACAAACAGUACAUUGUUCAACCAUUUUGUUUGUGCAUAUUUUUUUUUUAUUAUAACCCACUGUAUAAUAUCAAGGAUUGUAUAUAGAAUUGAAGAGAUGUAAAUAUUUAUGUGGCUUGCUUCAAGGGUGGUAUUAUGAAAAGAAAUAUUCACAUGGUUAAAUUCUACAUGCCCACCAGCAAGCUUUGUGGAUAGCAGUGUAAAAAUGAAAAACACACAAAAAAAGACACUGCCUUAAUGUUUAAAUAAAAAGCUUAUUGCCAUU